AUGGCAUUAGAGAUUGCGCAGUCGCGCAACAGCUUGUCAACACUCCUCGAGACCCUCACAUCAUGCUUGACUAGCGCCGCCUCCUCUCUUCCUGCAGCUCACAAGGACGCGCCCUCCGACAUCUCGAUCGAGCCUCCGCAAGAUGGUAUCUCCCUCCUCGAUACGAAAAGCGAAAUUCUUCUCUCCUACCUUCACAACCUCGUUUUCCUGAUUAUCUUUCAACUACGACAAUCAUCUAAACAGAAGUCUGAUGAGUCUGAACUGUCUAAUGAUUCGCUCCGCGACGAUGCCGUGAAAAAGUUAGUCGAACUACGGGUAUUCCUUGACCGCGGUGUACGCCCGUUGGAAGGACGAUUGAAGUACCAGGUCGACAAGGUCGUUAAGGCAGCGGAGGACGCAGAGCGCACUGAGCGUACCGAGCGUCCAUCCAAGUCAAAGAAGACCGCCAAGCCCAAAGCCAAGGAUUCGGGUGACGAAGUCUCCUCGGGUGGGAGCGAAGACGAUAGCGAUAGCGAUGAGGACGACAUGGAUGAGAUGGCUUAUCGUCCCAAUAUUGCGGCAUUCUCGAAAGCCAAGGUCGAUCUUAAGCAACCCCAAGCCAGAGCCAAACGUGAAGAGCCCAGUGAUGGCAUUUACCGUCCUCCCAAGAUUAUGCCCACCUCCCUUCCCACCACGGAGCGCCGUGAGCGCGAGGAUCGCCGACCUCGCCGGUCUAACGUUAUUGACGAAUUCGUCAACGCCGAGAUGUCAUCCGCACCCAUGGCCGAGCCCAGUAUCGGUAGCACCAUUCUCGCUGGUGGCCGAGAAACAAAGACCAAGAAAGACCGCCAGUGGGAGGCCGAUCGAGCACGCUACGAAGAAACCAACUUUGUCCGUCUACCAAAGGAGACUAAGAAGGAGGAAUCCAAGCGACGUGGUCGUGAUCGUCAGACCUACGGUGGAGACGAAUGGCGGGGACUUACAGAGGGAGCCGAUCGUAUUGAGCGUCUUACCCGUCGCGGCAAGAACAGCGGCGCCCUGGACAAGAGCCGGAAGCGAAAGAAUGAGGAUGGACAGCGCGAUGAUGGUGUGGGCAUGGGUGAGAUCUUUGACAAGCGCCGCAAGAAGAUUGAUAGUUGGAAGCGGUAG